AUGUCGCUACUUGGGAGACUUCUAUCUAGCACAUCAUCCUCGCCAAAUAUUAUCCCAGACUCGUACCUUGAAGACCAAUUUACUUUCAACUUAUUGUAUCCAGAACCUGAGGCAUUAUGCCACAAAGACCAAAUUUUCCAGUUAACAUCGGGUACUACUACUCAUCAUGGCGCAAUGAAUAAUUUCGACUUGAACCCUGACUACGAUUUAGAGAUACGAGAUAUUCGGGUGAUAAUAAUGCAAGAGGCUACUGCUAAUACUGGAUCAGCAUAUCUACUUUAUGACAGCCACGCACCGCGCAAUGCCAUCACCGUAAAUUCCGCAAUUACAGGCGCUUCUGGCAACAACAGUAUUUGCCCCACCAGUUCAAACUGUAAGCCUAGCGCUCAAAAAAUCUCCAGAUCUGUUGGUAUCAAAUCCCAAAACUCUUGUGGAGCAAGAGCCCCCAUUCACUACAGUCACGUUGGACCAGAAGCAGCUAGGAACAUUAGUAGUGAAUCAAGUUCACAACAGUAUACUCGGGAAUAUCAAGAUGAGGUGACGGCAUUUUCGAAUUGUAUUUUUGGAAACUCCGAUAUCUUAGCAUAUAAAGGUCCCGGUACUAAAGUACAUGUACUUCCCUCGAGAGACCGCUCCUCGCUCGUGCCCAAUUCACUAGCUAGUGAAAGAGCUAGCUCAUUAAAAAGGUCAAGUUUUCAAACUAGCCGGCUGGCCAACUCUUCCACACCUGAAAAGGUUCUAUCACCGCUCUCAGCUGGGUUAUCAAGCCCGAGUACGCUGAUCAAGGUUCCCUCGAAAAAGAUUCUCAUCACACGCAUGUUUCCCGUGCGAUUACAAAAAGAAACUGUAUCUCAAACUGAAAACAAAAACCUACGAAUUGCAUCAGGCUCUAAUUUUACUAGCCGCAAAUUAUCAGAUAGUCAAAGUAAGGCACUGAAUAGAAGCCAUUGUCUGCAGCCAAAACCAACAAAGACUCCAAUGUAUGCAGUUGGCUUAGUAAUUCGUCCUCCUACGUCCGUAUUUCCUAUGACACAUGUUUCUAGAUCAGGUCUUAGAAGUUUAGGGUCGCUCACAGACAAUGAGUCAUUUCCAUCUUCUUUUGAUUCAGAACAGCGAUCUGGCUGUAGUAUUCUGGGAUAUGAUCAUGGACUGGAAUCUGUGGACUUUUUAGCGUCUAGUAAUGUUGAUGGUCGCAUUGAUAUUGUUGCUCAACAUUGGGAUAUUAUUACUAGAACUUUAUCGGACCUUCAAGCAGUAGCAACAUUAUCACUUCUUCCUAUGCUAAGACAAACUUUAGCUGGACAUUCUAAUCUCAGAAAGGAAUUUCAAUACUUCGGCAACCGUACCCCACGUUCUGCGACAAAUGAAACUAAAGAACUGAUAAAUUUCCAAGCUCCAAGAGUAAAUUCUAAAAAUAUACAGCUAACGGCCAAUUGUUUAAUGCAGACAGAAAAAUUACAGAAAGCAGUCGAAGCCUCUCGCCAGCGCAUCGUAACUGGGAUCAAAGCUCGCCAAGUUAUUACUGGGCAGGGCAGAUGGGGUAUAUGGCGAGAUCAAGCUCGAGUAAUAAAUCGAUGGGCCGGAGGAAAGGAUCAAAGCUUUUUUUUCUUCAAUUUACUAACGGCAUUUCUUGGAAAUCAUACAGAUUGGCUUCAAGCUCUUGGACCAAGGUGCUACAGGCAGCGAUAUGUAAAAAAACAGAGAGCAGUAAAAGACGAUCAUAUGAACCUGCCCUCACGGACAGUUAUAAUCUCAAAUAACAAAGUAGUAGCUCGUCGGCUGGCAUUUUUACUUUCAUCAUUCUUGCCUCCAAGGAAUAUACUGGGUAGACAUCAAAGACCUAGAAGUUCAGUUUCACCUGAUGCCAGCUUAGAAUCCCCAACGCGACUUACUUCCAAGCCAAUACUAACAAAAGAUUCUAAAAAUGGAUCUCAUAAUUUUGCUGAUGCUGGAAUAACUGACCACCCCCAAUCACGAAUCUAUCCUAAUAUUCUUACUCAGUACUCGAGCAGAUUAGACUUUUGUAAACAGUCUGAAAGAGAUGCGCAAUUUACCACAUCGAAUAGAACUGCGAACUUACCUAUACCUGGGAGUCACUUAGGUGCUCGCAAGAGUACUACCUCAACUGCAUCUACAGCAACACCUAUAACAACAAUCCCAUAUUUCUCAACUAGGAGAUACGCCAGAAAUUCCAAGUCUUUUUUGAAUACAGAGAAUAACGGAAGUCUAGCUGCAGAUGAUCUUCUUCGUUUGAACCAACGUAGAACCAUACCCGACUUAGAGAAUAACCAAGCUCCAGGGUGGGGGAACGUUAUCAGUGGACUUUGGAGUAGCUCUAAAAGAGCAUGCUCAAAUCCUACAAAUAGUCAAGUCACACCAUUUAUCUCUAGCUUAGAUAUUCAAAAUUCACAGAAAAUUAUCAACCUCCAAAGAAAAAAUCAAGGGACUGAACGGAAGACUGCGACGAAUAUAGGUUUUCCGAAGAAUGAUAUUAACCGUCAUACAACAAGAGAUUCAAAUCGCUCCAGUAUUGUUAUGACGAUAUCGAAUGAUGCGUCAGCCCAAAUGCCGCUUGAAGAGGAAACGGAAGGCAAGAAUCGAGUUUUAUAUUCUCCAGGAGCUUACGAGUCUUCAGUCAAGACUUCUUUCAACAAAGAAGAUGGUGUUAUUGACAUAGAAGUCCCCUUGCCAGACUAUCUAGGUCUCGAAACCAACGUCAGUUCACCAUCAAGCAGCGGCUAUCAAUCAACACCCGAUCUCGAUAACCACAUGGAAUCCUUUGAGCACUCUUUUCCGACGGACCUUGAUCCUAAUACCAAUCUGAAUGUUGGUGGCUGGCUUCCUCAGUUCUGCCCAGACUUUACUGUACAAGCAGUGCCUAAUUAUGACGAGUUAAUUGAUGAGAUCAAAGAUUCUUUACGUUCUGAACCAACACCUUCAUCUGUUAGCCAUAAAGUUCAAGGUUGGGCUACUAUAAGUAGUGCUAUUAUCGCUGAUAGCACUAAUUUCACAAUUAAGAGAAUCCUAUAUCGUCGCCUAAUUCAGGCUCAACCCACAAUUCAUGAAACAUCAAAAACUGGUUACUGCCAAUUUAACGAAUCUCACCUAUCAACCAAUCAAACGUCAUUAGCGGAAGAUCAAGAAGAUGGUUGUUUUAUUGAAGAGCCUAUCGUAUCAAUGGAUCCCAAAUUGACAGAGGCAGUUGAAAAAAUUACAGCACAAUCAGGACAUUCAAAUAUUUUGUUUGAAGGUGCGCCUGGAUCGACGACGCGGAGAAAAAACUGCCUCAACCGUUCCCCGCCAGAAAUAGUGAGUCCAGGCCUUUGCGAGGUGCCCAGAAACGAAUGUAAGCAUAUUGUUUUGGGCGCGCUCGAACAGAUCGUAAAAGAAGUAGCCGAAGACAAAAACUCCGGUGGAUCCGGAAAUGAGGUCGACAACUUCCUUAGAAGAAGUGUUAGAAACUGGCUUUCAAAUUUGGACCAGGAAGACUAA